GGGGUCGAAAACAUUAUUCAGAAAAAUGUCCGAAAGUACAAAUUCAACACCAGAGAAAGUCGUCUCCCAACCAGAACCGGAAGAAAUAAAAACUAGUAAUGAAUCUAUAGUUGAAAAAUCGAAUGAGGAGCCUUCAAAUGACGUUUUAACCGAACAGGAUUUAAUCGUCAAUUCGCUUUCACGGGCUGGAGUGGUUACAGUAAAAGGGGGCCAAGUAUCGUUCGUUUCUAACGAUCUUCUAGGCCAAAUAAAUUCAGCAGCUUCUUCCCAACCAAGCGAAACAGCAAGCAGUUUAAUGGAACUAUCACCUAGCAGCAGUACGAGCGAUAGGAUGUUUAAACGUAAAAGCAACAUGCCGGUUGUGGAUGGAAAUGUGAUUGACGACUUGGAAAAGGAUUGUGAAAAACUAUCACAGAGUGUUGAUCUUGUUAUUCAGCAAAUGGCCAGUAAACUUGACAAGAUUAGUGCUCUAUCUGUGGGAAACAUACAAACUUGUUCGGAUACUGUCAAUCAAAUGGGAUUGACAGUUGAUCAAUCAGUAAGGACAAUGUACUCACUUAUUGCACAUGCUGAAGAGUUAGAUGAUGCCAUGGAACCAGCAUACUUAAUUGCUGCUAAAAUCCACAAGAUAAAGGAUGUUUUGUCAGCUUUGGAAUCACAAGUUCAUUGACAUUUUGUGAUAAAACUGUUCCCAAAUGUCAUGGAUAAUUUUGCCAAGGAUAAUUUUGCCAAGGAUAAUUUUGCCAAGGAUAAGUCGCAGUUGAAAUCCCAACAUGCAAAAAUAGGCAAAGCACAAACAUACAUGCCACGCCUGGAACUUAUAGCAAACAGUUUAUUAAUGCCUGAGCAUGUAACCACUGUUUGAAACUGUUCUUUCGUGAUGUUUUGUGUAUAUUGUAUUGUAUGUUACUAUGCUAUUCCGGUGUCUCUUCAAUAGUUUUAAAGUUCAUUACU